AUGCGGGAACGUAUAAAAGGAAGAUGGCAGAAGAGUGAGAUUCAUCCAGCCAAGCCAAGCUGACCACCGCCCUUUCCCUGCAGAGACUCUUUAUCUGGACCCUCACUUUAACUCUUCUCUCCGAUGGAGGCUGCUAUCAACACCCUGGUGUCUCAGUUUAAGGCCUUUGCUGGGAAGGAAGGCUCUUCAAGCACACUGAGCAAAGAUGAGUUCCAGAAGCUCCUGAUCUCCCAGCUGCCAAACUACAUGAAGAACGCUAAUGACUCAACAGUCAUCGCGCAACUCAUGGGCUCCUUGGAUAAAGACAGUGACGGAGAGUUGAGCUUCCUGGAGUUCUGGCAGUUUAUUGGCCAACUGGCAAAUCAGCACAAUGGCUUCGACAAAUAGAGGGUUUACACUCACUGCCGGGCUUCUGUGCUUUGGAUUCUCUUAUUUAUUAAACUGUUCUGUUGUGAUUUUUAACAGGACAUAAUCAUUUCAAAUGACCAUGAUUCUUUACUCUGCUGAGAUAACCAAGAUCUUUCUGUUGUUCACUUGUAGUAGGGGAGGAUGGGGUUAGUAGGCACGGUUUCCACUCUCUGCCAUACAUCCCAGGCAUUCCAUGCAUUAGGAUAACCCAACUAGCAGUACGUGAAAGCUGGACUUCUUAGCUACACUUCAGAAAAAGGAUCUCUUAUAAUAUAAAUCUAAGCAAUAUAAUUCAUGUUUCUAAUUUUAUUACAUUUCUAAUAUAUUAAAUUAAUAAAAAUGUGUUUGAAACAAGCAAAAAUGAUGUCUGUAUAUUUAAAUGUCACUCGAUAAAAUGACAUAAUAAGUCUUAUAAUAUUCUGACAACAAUCCUAAAAUGAGAACUAUGGGUAAAAUCAAGUAGAUUUACAAUUAUGUCACUUUCAGUCUCACAAAGUAUUUCCCAGAAUUGGUGCUGUGGACUUGUGCCAACCUGCCCCGACAUGAGGAAGCCUGAAUUUAAUUUAAACUAAGCCAUGGCAACCAAUUAACCUUGAUCUCAUUAGUAAAUAAUGACUCAAUUAAAUGUUAUGAAUCUUUCAUUUAUGUCAUUGACUUGUACUGAACAGUGAUGGACAGAGUCCACAACUCCUAUACUUGAGAGCAAUUACAGAUUUCAUAUUUUAAACAAUAUACAUGUGUAGUUUUCAAAGUUAUUUUAUUUUAAUUUGGAGGCUCAUUUAGAGCCAAUAAGGCUUAGAAAUAAGAACAACUUGUAUAAAUUUAACAUAAAUUGAAAAUAAACACAGAACUCUACUGA